AUGGCUGUUUGUGAGAGACUUUCUCAGACCAAAUAUGGAAAUCAACGCCAGAAUGAUCCAGGCCAGUCACCUGAACAGCAGUCCAGUAGCUCUCUGACAAAUGAAAGCAAAUACAAGCAGGCAGACGACAACAAACCUGACGAACAGAAACAGAACAAUGGAAAUCAACGCCAGGAUGAUCCAGGCCAGUCACCUGACAACUCUAAUACAGGCAAGACAAUUGAAGAUGAGUCUAUUGAUUUUAUGCUACAUAACAGUAAAGACAAUAUGAACAAUGACGAACCUAGCCCCAAUUUCACAGCCAGCCACGAAGAUAUUCCAAUGCAUUCAAUAGAAAUCAUUUCUCUACCCACAUCUGACAACAAUGAUUGGGAACACUUACAGGUACAACAAGGUUCUAUGUCUCUUGAACGAAAUGGUUGCCAGUCAAGACACACACCUUAUACAGAAGAGUCAACUAAUGAAUUGGCUUCUGAGUUUGUCUUUGUAGGAAGAAACGACAGCCAGCCAGGCGUCGACUUGCACAGCGAUGUUAUGCACAGUGAAGACAACACAACUACUGGAAAGACAACUGAGCAAAAUCUGACAAAUUCAGCUCAUCGUGAAGGUGAUCACGGCGAAUCAACGUACGAUUCUUAUACAGGGAAGUCAGUCGAAGAAAAAACUUGUCAUUUGAGUGGAGAUGAAGACGACCUUUCAGAGGAGCCGAGUAAUGCUGGUAAAACAGAAGAACACGAUUCUUCUGUAGGUUUAGUUCAAGAAGAAACCAAAGACGUUCGGUCAGACAACAGCCAUAAAUCAAAAGACACAACUGAACAAACGUCAUCAAAUAUGAUCACAGGAAACCAGCCUCCUGGGAAAAUGAGUCACAAGAUCAUUCCUGACCUCAGCUGUCCCGGUUACGAGGGUCACGGGGUCAUCGUCAUUGACUACUAUUUUGAAGAUGGGACGCAGAUGGAUGAGCACCCGAACUUAGGCAAGCCAUAUCACGGAACUAGACGAAGAGGGUUUCUUCCUGACACCGUCGAGGGACAAUCUAUACUCCAGUUGCUAAAAAUAGCCUUCGACCGGAAGCUGACUUUUACCAUUGGUCAGUCGACCACCACCGGAAGGGAAGAUACAGUCACGUGGGGUGAUAUUCCCCACAAGACUAAUACACAUGGAGGACCAGACAGAAAUGCUUUUCCAGAUGCUACAUAUUUUUCCCACGUUAGGGAACAACUUGCUGCUAAGGGUGUGACUGGAUAGUUUGACAUCCAGUAGCCGAUGUAUAUUUCAUGCUGGGGUGUCGUUAAACAUCUAUUCUAUUCUAUUCUUUUUAACAGACUGGAUAGUUUGACAUCCAAUAGCAGAC